CGGUUCGUGCGAGACUCGUUGAAGCUUUUCGAUAAACGGAUAAUAAAGAAAUUCACAGUAUAUUAUACACGGCUGUAAUUCUCGGUACGCUGGUAACGAGAACCCUAUCGUAAUCAUUAAGUCCAAAGAGGUAUUAGGUGCAGGAGAAUAUAACAACGAUCAAGUGACAUCCGACUACGUGCACCUAUUCAAUUUACGAGCUCAAUAGAAACGUAGAGAUGUCGUGCUGAAAAAUUCACUGCGAUAAGGUCUUCCGUAUUAUUCACGGUAUGCACUAUCGAAACGAUCAAAUUCGAGAGGAAAAAGCAAUUUUAACGCGAAACACAUUUGAACUGCACGUUUAUUCGCGAGUUGGUUCUCGUACACAUCGCCAGCUUUUCUGAAAGUAAAUAGUGCGCGAUAAACGUGUCAGAAAAUGAUGACGGCAUACAUUAAGCAAAUGUCCGUGAUCCAGAGCAUUGUCACUUGGGAUAAUUAAAAGGAUAAUUAAAGAUUCGUAGAAUAUUUGUACGAUAUCGAUCACGCCGCGAAAUGAUUUUUCGGAAGAAAUUCGAAUUUUUAUGCCGUCCGAGUGAAAGAAUGUUCAUUUCUCUAUUGGACUUGUCAUUGCAAAGGCGUGCAAUGCCUUCCUCCAUGAUACAAUGCUCUUUGUACAGACAACUUAACAACGAGAAGAAUAAGAAUGAAGGGUGGGCAUGCGCAGAGAUACAUAACAUCAUUAAAGCCUGAACGAUUCGAAGCGUAGAGAGGGGAGGCGUACAGAGUAAAAUGCAGACAGAGCAAUGUAAAAUCUUCAGUCGAGUUCAAGCGACCGAGAAAAGUGAUCGUUGUACUGCAUUCUUUUUCCGUGUUGCGUGUGAUAAUCACGUUGAAAAAUAAUAUUUCGGGGAAAAGGUCGGUGAACGGUUUUGUACGUGUAACGGCGCGUGUCGCGCGACAGGGAUAUAGAUAGGACACGUAUAUAGUUUAUACCUGAAGAAUCUUCACACCGUGAACCAAUCACAGAUAUUGUAGAUUAUGAAUUGGACGUAGCGGUUGCGCGUAUUUGUCUAACCAAAGGAAAUCGAAGAGAAGAUACUUAUCGAAAGUAAAUAGAAAAAAGGAUGAGGAAUAUACGAACCGCAUGGUUGCUCCUACUGUCGACGAUAUGGGGAGUGAACGCUGUUUCGAAAACCGAAGUGACGGUGAUCGACGAGAUGAGACGCAUGCUCUACGAACACACGCAAUCGCUGGAAGACGUUAUGUCUCAACGGAUGAAUAUGAAGGGACUCGAGGCGGAGAAAUAUCUGAUUAGGAGCUUUAAGAACUUCGGCGACAAGUUGGAGGAGAGUUUUCCGAAACCUGGCUACGAACACUUGGAUUCGUUGAGUUCCGUGUGGUUGUGGGCCCGAACGGAGAACGAAUUGAAAGUGAUCGAUUCGCUGUACAAUGUUUUCAGGCGAAUGCAACACGAAAUCAUCGAUUUAAAUAUGGAACUCGAUUUACAAAAGCUAGGGAACGUGUCGGAUGCUAUUUUACAUGAUCCAAACGUCUCCAUAGUAGACAAACUCGCCCGUAUAGCUGAGUUUAUAGUGCAUGAUAAGUUGUUCAUUUUGGCUUAUCAGGAAGCAUCUUCACAAAUCUGCAGAGAACGUCAGUCUCUUCAGCAAUUGCUUUACAAUCUCUAUAGCACAGUUACCCUUGCGGAAAUUAAGGGCUACAGUAUGAUUCAAUUUUCCUAUAUGUUAUUGAGAAUGUAUAAUCAAGGUAAUAACUUCAGCGAAGAAAUGGAACUAGUUAGACAACAGUACGGAAUAAGAACAUCUGAAACUAUAAGAGCUGUAAAAACUGCCAUGGCCUUUGCACCUAGAGAUCUUUGGAUGUGUGAUUCACCAAAUCCAAAAUUGAAUGAAACGUAUACACAACUAACAGAGCUAUUCCAAGGCUAUAUUGUAAAUGAGGUAGACCUGAAUCCUCAGUCGAGUUGCAGGGAAAACUGCGCUUAUUAUAAGUACUCGAAAGUGCACGGAUGUUAUAAAGAUCAAUUCUGUGCCCAUCAACGUAAAUGUAAUGGUAAUAUAUUACACUGCGAGUAUGUCGAUUCCGACAUGUGGAUCUGCCCUGCGGAUAGAAAGAGUAGCCGAAGGUACGAAUAUAUAGAAUAUGAGAAUGGCAAGCUGUUCGGGCAAAAAGAUUCUUGCAGCAAACCAAUAAGUAAAGUUGACAGUUGGUGGCGUUGGUUGUUUUGGCAUUGCAGUUAUUGUUUCUGCUACUGUGAUGAUCAAAGUAUAAAAUCUGACCGGUACUUCAGCUUGCGAAUGGUUAAAUCCGACAUUAAGAACAACAAGGUUGUAACAGGAGUUGCACUGAAGAAGGUGAAUCAAGUAAUACAUAUACAAAUACAAGAGGGUGAACUGUUGCCACGUGGAAAUAUCAACGCAACAACUACUGCUUGGAAGCCUAUUGAGGCAUUUUCUAUUUUGGCUGGGGACGUCAAAAGCAAUGUUGACUAUGUCACACUAGCAUGGGAGAACAGAGGCUUGGACUUGGACGAUUUAGUGUCGGAUCAAGAUCAUCUUUUAACAGGUCUCAGGUUUAGAACUAUCGGACCUCGCUUGAACUUGGAAAUAUUGGUAUCGCCAUUCAACUUUACGUCAGGGAAAUUGAUAGACCCGGAAAAGAACAGUUUCUGGAUAAGCAACGAUGUCACUAAUAGGAUACAAUUGGAAUUAAAAAAUCCUGAUAUACCAACGCGGGUUCAACUACCAUCGUUGCCAGAUUCUAAAAAACAUCAGUACGUGGAUUUCGCGCCCAGCGACCGAGUGAUGGAUGCUGCACAAAAUACGAUACCAUUUAUUGAUAUUCAACCAGUAGAAUCUUAUCCACCAGUUCCAGCGGCCGGUGCUGGGAUUUAUCAUAAAGGCAGAUCAGGGUCGGGUGGUUACGUGGCAUUGAAACUAUUCACAUAUGACUUUACACCGCAUUUAUCGGCAGACCUACCACCUUUGCCACCAAUUAUUAAUGCACCGAGUAAACAGACCUAUACGUUCUUGUGAUCGUCGUUGAUUUUAUGUUAAACAAUAUAAUUUUUAGCUCGUUUCAAAACGGAAAAUUUGCUAUUUCAUAUAACUUGUAACAUUUAUGGUUAAUCGCAUCCGUUUCCUGUCAAUUCUUUCUGUCAUCAUUGUGCCAUUUUAGCAUGUGUAUGAUGCAUAUAAUAUUUUUCACGUUAAAUAUAACUUCUGGUUUAUACUACCGUAAUUUCUUUCAUUUCGUUUUUAUAUUUUAAACUACAAAUUUGUUUCUCUAAUUAGUAGAAAGUUUUAGUAUUCUAUUGUUCUAAAAAAUUUCAAUUUGCGUUUAAAAAGAAAUUUAUACCGUUAAUCCGUAUUAGCUGCAUAUUUUAUAUUAAUAUAACACUACUUUUUAUCGACACUAUAAAUAAGUACCUCAAGAUCCUGUGAUUAAAAAAUAGAUAUAAAGAU